CUUUUCUUUGAACGCUUUCUCACAGGAAAACAUAAUUGAUAAUAUAUAAAACAAACUUAAUACCGGCGCUCCAGCUACAUUCACUUACUUGUAGUAUAUCUGUUCUUAACCUGAGCACAUACCAAUGCCAAAAUGCCUAUGGAUUUAUGCGAAGUGAUGUAAAGUUACGAUUGUUCAGUUUUCGAUCGACAGUUGUGGACCAUCGGUUUCGCCAAUAAGUGAUUGGUGACAGGACGUCAUUAGCGUUAUUCAGUACAUGUGAAGCUAGAAUAUUUCGGAGAAUCAGCCUGAAACAUAACUUCUCUCACCCACAGGACAGGAGUUGGAGAACACGGUUGGAAUUGCUGACAUGUAUCCUGUUGACAGUGUUGCCAGUAUUGUAUGAUUCUUUUCUACACUGGUGAAUAUACUUGAAUGCCGCACAAUGAAUGCAGGGGAUGCUCAAUCCAGUGAUGAUCAGUCCCUCAAAGAGCAGCGUCAGAAGAAUCACUACCUCCUCAACAGUGAACUGCAGAGCAUGGCUAGAGAACUGCCCAUGAAGUUCCAACAGCGUCUGCCCUAUGACCUGCUGUCUGGCCUGGCCAAUGCCCUGCUGGAUGGGACAGUGUUUGAGAUUGUCCGGAGUCUGGAGGAAGUGCAGCAUCUCGAAGAGAAGAGUCUCUUCAACCAGAGGUCAAAGCUCAACAGUGAACACAAGGCUCAGCGUCACGAGAUGCAGAAGAAACACAAAGAAAUGCUGCAGUCUUGUCAGACCAAGCCCCACAACCUUCCACUGGUCCAGUCGCAGAUCCAGAGGGAGCUGGAGACAAUGACCAAACGCUGUGGUUUUAUAGAGUUGAAGAAGAAGGACAUGAAGGUCAUCCUUGACCUUGACCAGAAGGUUAUGGACCAACAGGUUAUGUUGGAGAAGGCUGGAGUCCCAGGAUUCUUCGUGACCAACAACCGUCAGGAGAUCCGACUUCAGAUGUACCUGCUUGAGUUCAUCCUCAGACUCAGUCGGAUGAAUAUUCCUCUGUGUUGAGACACUGAUAUCCCAUUCUUGUUAUUUAACUGGAUCUGACCAGUAAUGAUCAGAUCGAUAUAUUGAGUGACCUGACUCGUGUCAAGGUGUAGCAAGACUGUGCAGCAAAACUGUGGAUUGUUGCCUGUGGUGUCAACCAUGGAUUUGUCUUGCUAAGAGACUGUUAUUUACAGGCAACCAGUAUUAUGCUGGAAUAUUGCAGACUGUCAUGGUACAGAAAUCCAUUCACUGGUUGUGUUUGGAACUGAAUGGAAGAAGAUGUAUAUGCACAUCUCUCUGCAGUAUUCAUCCUUUGACUCGCUUCGACAGCCAUUUCCUGUGUUGAGGCCUGACUGAGGUUAACCACAAAAGCAUUUACGUCUCUGGACAGUUUGCAGAUGACAAUACCAUGAAAAAGCCAUAUCAGAAUAAAUGAGAGUCUUACUCAUACUGUCAGUUCUUCAAAACCAAUAAUUCAUCAAAGCCUGUAUGAAUAGGUAUUGGGGAAAAGAAUUACUGACAAUCAAAGGGACGUACUGAUGACAGAUGUUGGUGUAUUAUGAACAGUAUCUCUUUGUUUUUGUUAACACCACAAUCAAAAGAUGUUAUAAGAAACCCAGUAAAGAGAUGUUAUUGAAGUCUGUAAUAAAAUGAUACAGCACAUUUGUAGUAAGCCAUAUCCUUGUGUAUUGUGAUCAGAUGUUGAUGCUCUGAAUGAAUAUGCCCCGCCGUUAUAUAUUGGAAUAUUGCUAAAAGCGGCAUAAAACUCAACUCACUGACUGCCUGAUUGAAUGAAUGAAUAUGUCUGGAUUUGUGUUGAGUUGAGUGAGACUAUGAUGGGAAUUCUGUUCUGGCAAUGAUCACACUUAUAAUGUAUAUCAGGGCCUGUACUACCGGUACUUGCCAUGUGAUGAAAAUAGUUCAGUGCUGUGUUGGUGUAGAGGCAGUGUUGUCAAACAUAACACUAUCUGUGUGGAGGUGACGAAAAUAUUCAAAUAUGUGAACAUGCAACAAGUGAGCUACAGUACUGUGGCCUUUGCUUGAUAUACUUCUGUUAAGUGUUUUAAGAACUUACUAAGAGGAAUGAGUGGGUCUGACACAUCAUAGAUGCCACAACAUUAUGAUCAAACCAGUAUCUAUACUCACUUCUGUGGAAGGAAUAAAAGUUUUCCAUACUUGA